GGCCUUUUUGGAAGUCUGCAUCUUCUUUGUUGAGGACCGUUGAUUAUGCUUCUGUAAAUUGUAAUGGCGUCGUCGAAUUUCCGCAACUGAACUUGUAGCUAGGGCAUAAGAGUCAUAACUGAGUUGGAGGAUUUCAGGUGCAAUUCGUUCAGACAGAAUUGUGCAUUGACUGCUGUUUUGAUUGCUCUUGCACUACCGUCGAUUAGGUGUUUUUGGGCAGCAGUACGACCGAUUGCGUUUGAGGAAUCGAGAAUCUACCCAUCUGUUCAGGAUAUGAAGAAAUAGGAGGAAAAAAAUGAAUUGGUAGACAAAACCAGAAAGUUCUGACUGUAAACAAAGUCGAUGACUGAAGGAGGGAGAAACAGAGGAGAGGACAGAAGACAAAACUUCCAGUUUUGACUUGCCUUUCUAUGGUCGGCAUGUGAGUUUGAGGAUAAGAUGAGCCAACCAGGAAAGCACAGAAUAUUAAUGGUGUCUGACUUUUUCUACCCUAACUUUGGUGGUGUAGAGAAUCAUAUUUAUUACCUAUCACAAUGCUUAAUCAAACGUGGCCACAAGGUAGUUGUUAUGACCCAUGCUUAUGGGAACCGUUCCGGAGUGAGGUACAUGACCGGUGGAUUGAAGGUUUAUUACGUGCCAUGGAUGACCAUGUUCAUGCAGAGUACAUUUCCCACAUUGUUUGGGAAUCUUCCGAUUGUAAGAACAGUUUUGAUACGAGAAAGGAUAUCGAUAGUGCAUGGACAUCAAACCUUUUCAACGCUCUGUCACGAAGCUCUGAUGCACGCGCGCACAAUGGGAUACAAAGUUGUGUUUACCGAUCAUUCUCUUUAUGGUUUUGCUGAUGUGGGAAGUAUUCACAUGAACAAGGUUUUGCAAUUUGCACUAGCAGAUGUGACCCAGGCCAUAUGUGUUUCACACACGAGUAAGGAGAAUACAGUUCUACGAUCAGGGCUUCCACCUGAAAAGGUUUUUGUCAUUCCAAAUGCUGUGGACACGGCCAUGUUCAAGCCUGCUCCCGAGCGUCUCAGCUCCAAAGAAAUUGUUAUUGUUGUAAUAAGUAGGUUGGUUUACCGUAAAGGAGCAGAUCUACUCGUUGAAAUCAUACCUGAAGUGUGUAAUCUGCAUCCAAAUGUACGGUUUGUGAUUGGUGGUGACGGGCCUAAAAGAGUGCGGUUGGAAGAGAUGAGGGAAAAGCACUCUUUGCAAGAUCGAGUCGAUAUGUUGGGUGCAGUUCCACAUGCUAAAGUACGAUCAGUUUUGGUGACUGGACAUAUAUUCUUAAACAGUUCAUUAACCGAAGCAUUUUGUAUAGCUAUAUUGGAAGCUGCUAGUUGUGGAUUGUUGACUGUCAGUACACGCGUGGGCGGCGUACCUGAGGUUCUUCCCGACGAUAUGAUUGUUCUUGCAGAGCCUGAUCCUAGCGACAUGGUUUUGGCUAUUACAAAUGCAAUAAACUUGCUUCCCCGAAUUGACCCACAAGCAAUGCACGAUCGUAUGAAGAAACUCUAUAGUUGGCAUGAUGUUGCAAAAAGGACAGAGAUCGUCUACAACCGUGCUUUCCAGUGUUCCGGUCAAGAUCUCUUAGAACGUCUACCCAGGUACUUUUCAUGCGGCGCCUGGGCUGGGAAGAUCUUCUGCGUAGUAAUGAUAAUCGAUUAUUUGCUCUGGUGUUUAUUGAAGCUUUGGAAGCCUGACAGGGACAUCGAGGUCGUUCCCGACAUUGAUCUCUCAAGUACUCAUAAUAGAGAAUGAAACGCCUGUUUCAUGUCGCGAUGAGAGUUGCAAAUAGUUGCAGCUGCAGCGGAAGGAACGAUAGAGACAAACACCUUAGGACAACCAAAAAUAUGAAAAAUGGCGUUGUAUGCAGGUCAGGACGGAGUUGUCCGUAACAGAGGGAAUCUAACGGAGAUUCAUCCCAUCGAUGUGGAUUCAGGUUCUUUUGUUUUUUGAUAUAGUUAAGGCAUGGAAGGAAAUUGCUGUACUCGGAGAAAUGGUAAGAAUUUACAGUUUUGGUCUUGUUAGUGGCGCGUAAUAGUAUGGAAAUAGUUUUGUAUAUCAGUCGUUAUUGCUCUAAUGAUCUUAUAUUUGUGUGUGACACUCACGCGUGUUUUUAUAGAGUAACACAGCGGAAAAUCAUAACAUAUGCGUGAGCGUCGCAUGUUUGUAUAAGACUAUUAGAAUGCUAAAGAAUGAGAUGAUUAAGAUUUCCGGGCAUGACAUGGUCCGAGUUAAAGAAACAAAAUAAUAUGUCCGCUUACAGGAAAAUUUUAUAGUUUUGGUCUUGUCGGUGGCACGCAUGAGUGUUACUCACGAAUAAUAUAGGAUCGUUAGAGCAAUAAUGAGUAAUAUACGAAACUAUUUACAAAUUAUUACGGAGAAUGAGAUGAUUACGAUUUCCGGACAUGACAUGGUCUAGUUAAAGAAACAAAAUGAUAAGAAGUGUUCACUUAUAGGAAAACUUUCAAUGUUGGUCUUGUUAGUCGCCCGUAAUAGUUUGUAAAUAGUUUCGUAUAUCGCUCUAAUGAUUUUAUAUUUGUGCUUAAUACUCAUGUGUGCUUUUUAUAAAGUAAUUAAAAUAUUAUAAUGCAUGUGUUAGAGUGUCACGUGCGUGUCUUAAGACUAUUUGAACGAUGAAAGAAUGGGAUGAUAAGAUAGUUUUGUAUAUUGCUCAUUAUCACUCUAGUAAUUUUAUAUUUUUACAUGACACUCAUGCGUAUUUUUAUAAAGUAACACAAUCAAAGGUGGUUAUGACAGAUAAAAUCUGCAUGUGUCGAGAUUUAACGGUCAAAAAUCUAUUUCUAAACCGUAAUGCCAUCUUUUAUUCGUAUAUUUAUUUUAUUUUAUUAUUUUUUUUAUGGCAUAGGAAUCCUUUUAUUGGUUUUUUUUUUUUUUUUAUGAUGUGGAAACCGCAUCUGCUAUCCGAAAGUACGCACUGGGUAAACUUUCGGCCGAACCUAUCCUGCAAACUAGGCUCGACAGACAAGUUACACUAGGCGAAUCAUGUGUGGCAAGUGGACUUGAGGUUGUGGUAUUGUUCUAACUCUAGUUGAUUAUGUGCUCCGUGCGCUAGUCGGUUUGGGGGUUCAGUUUGGGCUUAAGAUUUUAAAUAUAAAAUUAAUUUUUAAAUCUAAUAUAUAUAUAUAUAUAUAUAAAAUAA